AUGGCUACGGUCCGAACCUGGAAUGUACAACCGAUGAGCAAGGUGCAAGGCGGGUCGCUCACGCCGAACGAGAGCGCGAGAGCGGCGAACCUCAAUGGCAUAUAUUCCGGCUGCGGCACUCAAGACGCUUGCGUGCAUUGCUGCUUACGCGAGAAGCGCCACUCCACGCGGCUCGCGCAGCGCAGAACUGUUUGCCAUCCACGCGCUAUGAAGGAUAACAUGCCACGAGCGUAUGCGGCCCUCCCCGGUUGCCAGCCAUUCUUCGUCUAUCGGCCAGUUCGUUCACGGCUAUCGCCGCGCUCAACAGCGAAGAAGGCUGCCAUUCUCUUGUUCGAAUCAUAA